GCGGCCCCUCCCCCUCCCGCGCUCCCUCCUCCCCGCGCUCCUCCCGCCGCCUCCUCCUUUCUCUCCCGAUCUGUCUCGGGGCCCGGGAAUCCACCCGGCCUGCGCGCCGGAGCGGCCCGGCCGCCGUCUGCUGCCCGCCGGCCCAGAACACAGCAGCUCAGGGAAUUGAAGGGACGUUCCCAGCUAUGAGAGGGCGAAGCAGGACUUGAAGCCAGCCCGCAGACCUUGGCUCCGUCCCUACUUGGCCGAUGAGGACACCGCGGGCCAGAGAAGUGAAGUGACGUGCUCGCUGCCGCCCCCCGCUGGCCGAGGUCGAUACCCCAGCCAGGACCAUGGGCAGCAACAAGAGCAAGCCCAAGGAGGCCGGCCAGCGGCGCCGCAGCCUGGAGCCCGCCGAGACCACCCAUGGGCCGGCCAGUGCCUUCCCCAGCGCCCAGACGCCCAGCAAGCCCGCGCCCACUGACGGCCACCGCGGUGCCAACGCGGCCUUCACCCCCGCGGCCGCCGAGCCCAAGCUGUUUGGGGGCUUCAACUCCUCGGACACCGUCACCUCCCCGCAGAGGGCAGGGCCGCUGGCUGGGGGCGUGACCACCUUUGUGGCGCUCUACGACUACGAGUCCAGGACGGAGACCGACUUGUCCUUCAAGAAAGGGGAGCGGCUGCAGAUCGUCAACAACACGAGGAAAGUGGACGUCAGCCAGACCUGGUUCACAUUCAGAUGGCUGCAAAGAGAGGGGGACUGGUGGCUGGCCCACUCGCUGAGCACCGGGCAGACCGGCUACAUCCCCAGCAACUACGUGGCCCCGUCCGACUCCAUCCAGGCUGAGGAAUGGUACUUCGGCAAGAUCACCAGGCGGGAGUCGGAGCGGUUACUGCUCAACUCGGAGAACCCCAGGGGGACCUUCCUGGUCCGGGAAAGCGAGACCACGAAAGGCGCCUACUGCUUGUCCGUGUCUGACUUCGACAACGCCAAGGGCCUCAACGUGAAGCACUACAAGAUCCGAAAGCUGGACAGCGGCGGCUUCUACAUCACCUCCCGCACCCAGUUCAGCAGCCUGCAGCAGCUGGUGGCCUACUACUCCAAGCACGCCGACGGCCUGUGCCACCGACUCACCGCUGUGUGCCCCACGUCCAAGCCGCAGACGCAGGGCCUGGCCAAGGACGCCUGGGAGAUCCCCCGGGAGUCACUGCGGCUGGAGGUCAAGCUGGGCCAGGGCUGCUUCGGAGAGGUGUGGAUGGGCACGUGGAACGGCACCACCCGCGUGGCCAUCAAGACCUUGAAGCCCGGCACCAUGUCCCCGGAGGCCUUCCUGCAGGAGGCGCAGGUGAUGAAGAAACUGCGGCACGAGAAGCUGGUGCAGCUGUACGCGGUGGUGUCUGAGGAGCCCAUCUACAUCGUCACUGAGUACAUGAGCAAAGGGAGCCUGCUGGACUUCCUCAAGGGUGAGACAGGCAAGUACCUGCGGCUUCCUCAGCUGGUGGACAUGGCCGCGCAGAUCGCCUCGGGCAUGGCGUACGUGGAGCGGAUGAACUACGUGCACCGGGACCUGCGCGCCGCCAACAUCCUGGUGGGUGAGAACCUCGUGUGCAAAGUGGCCGACUUCGGGCUGGCGCGGCUCAUCGAAGACAAUGAGUACACGGCCCGGCAAGGCGCCAAGUUCCCCAUCAAGUGGACAGCCCCCGAAGCUGCCCUCUACGGCCGUUUCACCAUCAAGUCGGACGUGUGGUCAUUUGGCAUCCUGCUGACCGAGCUGACCACCAAGGGCCGGGUGCCGUAUCCGGGGAUGGUGAACCGGGAGGUGCUGGACCAGGUGGAGCGGGGCUACCGGAUGCCGUGCCCGCCCGAGUGCCCCGAGUCCCUGCACGACCUCAUGUGCCAGUGCUGGCGGAAGGAGCCCGAGGAGCGGCCCACCUUCGAGUACCUGCAGGCCUUCCUGGAGGACUACUUCACGUCCACCGAGCCCCAGUACCAGCCCGGGGAGAACCUAUAGGGCGCGGCCACCCGGCCGGACCAGACGCCCAGCGGCCCCCGGACCGGCGACCCCUGCUGCGGCUUGUCGCCGGUGCCCGCCGCUGAGCCUCUAGGAGGGACACGGAAGGGCCGGGCCGGGGACAGCCGCGAGGGUGGGGACCAAGGCUGGCACUGGGAGCGUGACCGGCACCCUGCCAGCCACCCGAGUCCUCCUGGCGGCCCUUGCUAGGCGCCCCCCGUCGCCCACCGCUCGGGAAGAGCUGCAGAGAGAGGCUGGGCGCUCCAUCCCCGUGGGCCCGCGAGCUGGACACCCCGUCCUCCCGCCCGUCUCCGCAGCUGGCCCAAGAGCCUUUCCAAAGAGGGGGGCGGCGCCCUGCGCCCUGCCCUGCCGCCUGCCCGUCGUCACCCGGGUCCGGAACAUCUGUUGGUGGGAGCCGUGGGGUCCAGGGGUCGAGACCUGACCCAGCGGUGGGUGGGGGUCGGGAGCCCCCCUCACACCCUGGCUUUCCUGGACCCGAGGGACCGUCGGACCUCUGAGAGCCCUUGCCCUCCCGCUGCCCUGGAGAGUGGAGUCCAGAAACGUGCUGUGACUGCCCAGGGCCCCGCAGUGCAGGGUGGAGGUGGGACUGGACGACGGUGCACCCGUCUUCCUCAGGACCCCCCAGGAUGGUCCUCGGAGGCCCACUGAACAGACUGGGCCCACCAGGGUGGGGCCUGGGGAGGGCGCCCCCCUCCAGCAGGGCUGAUCGCUGGCCGAGUGGGAAUGGCUGGGGCAGGGGCCAGAUUUCGGCUUGGGGAGCUCCAGCUCUAGGCCGGCCAGCAGAAACCCGAGACCGGGUGGCCAGAAGGCCCGUGGGCUCCCAGCCCCCUCCAACCUUUGUCCACGUCAUUUCCUGCUCCCUGCCCCUGCUGGAGGAGCCCCUCCCCCGUCUCGGGAGUAGGAACGGGGGUGCCUAGUCUGGGGGGAGGACGCAGGGUCUCCAGCCAGGCGGCAGGACAGACUGGUAGCCUUGGGUGACCUCAGCUUCCUCUGUGGAUGCCGGUCCGUGCGCCCCCACCCAGUGGCUCGUGCUGGUCCAGACACUCAGCCCGCCUCCCUGGGCUCCAUGUCGGGGGGCAGUCCGUGGGCAUCUUGCCAAGUGCCCCUUUGUCUGUGUGUCAUUGUGUGUGCGUGUGCGUGCGCGUGCCUUCGUGUGUGUUCAUAUUUAACAUGUAAAAAUGCCCCGACUAUGUUCCAGACACGUACAUUUCACCCCCUCCGGGGCCCCCACUUAGCAAUAACCGUCCUGCUGUGGGUUCUCAGCCAGCCGGGCCCUGCUCCUGGCGCCCCGAGUGAAACCCCGAGUCCUCCUUCCACGGCGCCUGUGGCCUGAGGCUUGUGUACCUGCACGGCCAGACAGACCUGGGCUGGCUGAGACCAGGCUCACGAGCCCGUCCACUGCCCCAGGCCCUUUGUACAAGGUGUCUGGAUACUGUCCUUUGUUUUUGUUUGUUUGUUCGUUUAGUUUUGUUUGUUUUUUAAAUAACAGUGUUUUGUAGAUUUCAGAUGACUAUGCAGAGGCCUGUAGACCCCCCCGGCUCUGGGCAUGGCCUUGGGGUCCUGCAUCCCAGGGCCCAGACUUUGGGGGUGGGGGUGGGUGGUCCAGAGUCCGUUGUAAAUGCUUUGCAUAUUGUCUGAUUAAACACCAACAGACCUCA